AUGCGCCUCCGCCGCGCGAGGGGUGCAAGGAAGCGCUACACGGAAGACCCGAUUGUGUCGGGGGACGAAGCGGAUGAGGUUGUGUCCAAGGAUAGCGGGGCCAAGGAUGAUGAUGAUGGUGAUUUUGAAGGUCCAUUGGAUGUGGAAAACGGGGGUGCCGCCGGUGAGGAGGACGAUGAUGACGGUGAUGGAGAUGCUAGUGAUGAAGACGACGACGACGACGCCACCGCAGAACCAGACCCAGAAACCCAAGCACCCUCCUCCUCAGCAAAAACCCCCGCCCGAAAACCCCCCUCAACCAAACCCAAACGCCCCCUCAGUUCCAGUUCAGCAAUCCCCCGCCGCAACCGUCCCCCCACCACCCCCCUCACACAAUCCCGCCCCAACCACCACCACCACAUCCCCCACUACCCCCUCGAAACCCGCAUCGUCACCCGCGUCUACGCCGGCCCCCUACGCCGCUACGCCCGCUACUCCGCCCUCCGCGACGCCAUGUAUGGGCCCGAGUACCCGCGGAUUAAGGUUAUUUGGGAUUUGGAGAUUCGGUGGGGGGGGUUUCCUGUUUUGCCGCC